UUGGCCCACACUACACAUUGUAACGGAUAGGGUUGCAGCUAGCUGUCUGUACAGCAGACACACACAUAGCACAGUGUUCGGACUAGACUAGAAAAAAAAACAUUUGCACGCCCUGCAGAGAUUUUGUUAGUGCAGUUAUCGCUCUGAUUUUCACGUGGAGUACGAUUCUUCGUAACACACCCUUGGCAGCUAUCCAGCUUCUUCAGUCAUUGGGGAGUUUCGUUGAGAGUACUGACCCCAAGGUUGCGAGAUACAUGUACUUAGCUCAGCCUUUAACUCUGUAAGUCAGCAUUGAGGACUGCUUUCCGUGAGGUGGAUGAGGAGAAACAAGGCGCUAUUGACUCUUCCCUGGUACCCAGUUUAGUUGGUAAACUCUUGGGAAGGCAGGUCACCAGGAAUAACAAUCUGUUCUUCUACAACACCACCAAGAACGGUGUGGUGAAGUUUUCAGACUUUGUAGCGAUUAUGUCAGAGGCUAUGGCGGAGACCACCAACUGGGGCCGCCUACAGACGGAGGUCAAAGGUUACGUGGGCAUUGACACCAUACAGGAGCAGAUUAGGAAGAAGGCCCUCAAGAGGGGGUUUGAGUUUAACGUCAUGGUCGUAGGUUCCAGCGGUCUAGGCAAGUCCACAUUAGUCAACACACUCUUCAAGGCAAAGGUCAGCCGGAGGUCAUGCAUGCAGUCGGAGAAGGAUCCUGCGCUCAUCAUUCCAAAGACUGUGGAAGUGCAGUCAAUUAGUCAUGUAAUUGAAGAAAAUGGUGUGAGGCUGAAGUUGACAGUCACAGACACGCCCGGCUUUGGUGAUCAUAUUAACAAUGAAAACUGUUGGCUGCCAAUCUUAGAAUACAUUAAUGAGCAAUAUGAGAAGUACCUGUCAGAAGAAAUCAACGUCAGCCGGAAAAAGCAGAUUCCAGACUCCAGAGUUCAUGUGUGUCUGUACUUCAUUGCUCCAACGGGCCAUGGCCUGAAACCACUGGACAUUGAGUUCAUGAAGAGGUUGGACAAAGUGGUCAACGUAGUGCCCAUCAUUGCCAAGGCUGACACGCUGACCAUUGAGGAGAGAGAACACUUCAAAGCCAGGAUAAAGCAAGCUUUGAACGAGGCUGACAUAUCGACGUACCCAAUGAAAGAACUUGAAACAGACGAAGAAGACGAUAACAUCAACACACGCAUCAGGGACCAGAUGCCAUUUGCCGUGGUUGGCAGUGACAAGUCCCACCAGGUGGACGGCAAGGAAGUGCUCGGACGGCUGACAAAUUGGGGACUCAUAGAAGUUGAGAACCACAACCACUGUGAAUUUGCCAACCUGCGCGACAUGCUGAUCCGAACACACUUGCAAGACCUGAAGGACGUCACGCACUGCAUCCACUACGAAAACUUCCGUUUUGAGAGGCUGAACGCCCGCAAGAAGAUAGACAAAGGCGAAGAUCAGGAGAGUAGAUGCUGAUGAUAAGUCACACAUCAUCUGUUGAUUAACAUUGAUACAUGUAACAAGUUUAAGCAGAAAUAUACCACAAGGCCUGAUUUUUGAGACACCGAGUCGCUGUAAUGACACACUUUCAUUGUAUGAACAGGUUAUUGACAUUAUAAGGCCAAAUGAAAAAAGGGUAAUCUCUCGUCCGAACUUUUUGACAAAAGGAGGAUGCGGGCCCUUCUUUUUUUGCGGAUGACGGAUCCAAGAUAGCGGAAAGUCUUUUUUUUUUCUCCAAAUGUUGACCAAUUUUUGCGAGAUUGUUUCCAAGACAGCAGAUGCUGCUAUUCUCAAAAAGGCCAUCACUUUUCUAAGACUAGCUUUUUAACCUGGAAAAUGGCUACUCAUCUAUGUUGGAAACAACAUAUUUGUGAUGGUGAAAGUAUCAGAAAAUACGGCAGAUUUUGCCGUAAAAAAAAAGUAAAAAUAUAAAAAUAACAAAAAUUAAAUGCGGUUUGAAAAAAAAUAGAAAAAAAGGAUGCGGGUGGGGACGAGAAACAGGUAUAUUUUUUAUUUGGCCUUUUACAUUUAACAAAUAUUACAUUUUUACAAUCGUAAACUUUUUAGAUAAAAGUAAAGUUGAUAAAUUUCUUUAAUAAAUGUGAUACAUGUAUUUCUACAGUUCGUAUCCAGAAAAUGGCAUAAGUACAGCGACCACGUUCACUAUUACAAAAACAACAACAAAUGGUCUUUUCCAUUUUCUACCUGUCCCUACAUUUGAAGGCCAAAGGACAAUGGAGGGACAGGGAACCAGUCUAGAAGUGCCAUUCCACGGUCCCACUAUUGGUUGUGUUAUAACCCAGCUGCGAUGGCUCUGAUGCUGUACAUUCAUAGUACCAGCAAACUGCAGUUUACGAGUUACCAAUCAGCUGACGAGGAUUUAUUCGGGCGUUGUAUUAAACAAAUAAUGAAUGCUUCACAUUCGUGCAAUGGAAAGAAGAAUAUAAUUCAGUGACAGUUGAAAUGUUCCAUUUUCGCCUCAUGGAAUGUUCCAUUCUCGCUUCGUGGAAUGGAACAUUCCAUCUGAUACCUCAUGAAGUUUCUCUUACCAUUGCACUCAUACACAUUCAUUAUUUGCUUACCGUUCAGAUGAAAAGGAAAAAAUCCGAAACAGAAUCACUUGUAACUGAGAGUCGUCAGAAGUCAUCACUAGUCAAUAAGAUUGUUGGAUUUAAAUAAAAAAUUUGGAUUGUGUACUGAAACUCUUGUUUUACUCAAGCUAGUCCCACUUAAGAUGCAGGAAGAAAGUUGUCCUGUUGCACCAAUGACAUAAAUAUAUAUAUUAAUUGACCAACAAAGUGAAUUUUUGCUUUUUUAUUGAUGGACAAAUUUCUUAAUAAAAAUCUACACCUUGUGUGUACAAAUUUAAUAUUCCAGCACAAAUUGUGUAUUUUAUUUAACCCCAUACACAUGUGUAGAAACCUUACAACAAACAACGAAUUUCAAUAGAAAUAUUUUAACCUCUUUGUGCAAAUAUGCACAUUUUUUUUUCAUAUGUCUUCCUUUGUGAGGAAAAUACACUGGAAAAGGCUGUGCUUGUCUUUUUGGUGCUAUAAGUUUUGAAAAACAAGCCCCAACAAAAGUAACUCCAAAAAAGAGUUAAAGUUGGUGUGUACGUGCUUUCUUGGGUGUGGCACCUUGAAAAAUAGUUUUUCAAAUUGAAUUGAUAGUUUUCUAGCAAAACAUUAGUUAUGAUCUUUCCAAUGAGACAUCACCAAAAAAAAUUCAGCCUUCGACAAGUAAUCAACUAAUUAAUUUCAACCUUUGAAUUAUUCGUUCAGAAUAGUGUGCACAAUUUCUGAACUGGAGCGCGCAAUUUAAAAGCACUUUUAAAACUGUAUAAAGGCCUACAAAAAUAAACAAGCAAAUUUAUUUGUUGCAGGACAUUAUAUUGCUUUCAAUUUUGUUCGGGUAAAGAAAAUCGAAAUUUUGAAAAAGCACGUAUAUACCAACUUUAAAGAUUUCAACUUCCAUAACCGAGAAGAACUAAUGCCUGUUACUUGUAUUUGAAUUUUUAUAUAUUUGUAUGUUGAAUUGCUUUUAUAUUACACUCAUGUUAUCACCCAUUUAAUUAACUCAUUAAUUAUCACUGUGUGUAACUAUCGCAUUAAUUUGUUAAUCAAUAACAGUAUUAUAUCCACAUGUCUUGUUAUUUUGUGUUUAUUUAUUCCAGUUAGAAAAUACUGUUCUUUUUGUGGGUUUUUUUACAGGAAAGAGAAAAUUCUAUUGAAUGUUGCCAACAUAUUUUGGCUAUGCAAAUAUGUACAUUAAACUUUUCUUAAGCUUUAUGUAGGAAUCUGACUAUUAACAGUAGAAUUAACCAUUCUUUUAACAUGUAAAUUGGAAGUUUUCUUGGAAUUGUGAAUUUUUGUUUGUUUUGUUUUUGUUUUUGUGCUUAAAACCUUGUAUCGAUAUCUGUAUGCUUUCAGUCAUUUCAGUAAUACAGAAAUCUAUUGAAACUCGCCCACAUGCGUACUUGGGCAAAACACAGCCAUGCACAGUGGCAUAGCACGGUCAUUUUUAUUGAGGGGGGGGUAAAAUUUUUGAAAAGGGCACUUGCACAUCCGUGGUGAAACCAACGGCCAAUAUAUGGUGCUUUUCAGGGCGAUACAUGUGAGAAAUUCAGAAAAAGGCACCCAAAACAGUAGAUGCCACAAAAAAGGGCACCACUUCUUUUGAAAAAAGGGCACUUGUUCAGGAAAAAAGGCCACUUCUUAACAAAAAGGGCAUGCUUUACAAAUUAUUGGGGUGGGGGGUAAGCCCGUUCAAAAAAGGGCAUUUGAAUGGACAAAGCAGUCUUUACAAAAUAUUGGGGGGGGGGGGGUAAUACCCCACUUCUCUCCACCCCCCCCCCCUCGGCUACGCCUAUGAUGCAUGUCAUACGUGCGCACAUGUAUUUUGCAUACCAGAAACUAAUCUAAGCUGUGUCUGGUGGGGGGGGGGAGGCCUUAUUUGAUCAGUCUAUUAACAAAAGGAUAUGGUGUUAAUGUUGUGAUUUUUUUUCAGUUGAACUUUGCAAACUAUUGUAUGAUCCGUGAACAGGUAUUUCCUUUUCGGAUCAUUGUGGCUUAAUUUCUAGACAAUUUAAAUUACGGGAAAUGGGUAAUUUGGGAAACAGUCCCAUAGACCUGUGCACAAAAUGUUUCCAUCUCUAAUGUCACCUAUCCCCAAUUUUACCUUAUUCUACCCCCUGAAUUUCGGUAUAUUUAUGUUUUGGACUUCGAGCAGUCGAAGUAGCCUAUUUGCGAUGGCAACAUUUUUCCUCUAAAUUUGAGCUGUGACAUUAGGGAGAACUCCCUAAUGUCCGAUGUCUCCCCACCAGGUAUUUGCUUACUUUUUUGUAAUUUUUGUUUUUUAAAUAAUGUUCUGAAAAUGUAAAAUAGUGAGGCUAAUCAAUAUAUAUGCAAUGUAAUGGCUCUAUUGAAGUGCAAAUUUGUGUCGAGAUGGCAAAUUAAAAUGAAAAAAAAAGUGAAGUAAGGGAAUUAUGAAUAUUUUAAUCAUAAAUUAGUUGUGAAUGUGGCAGCUAGACAUGGUAUUUGACGUCAUAAUAAAUUUAAACCAUUUUUUAUAUUAGUAGUUUUUACUUUCAUAUCAAUAGCACUAAGCAGGUGUAUUUAGAAACUAAUGCAAAAUUUGUGAACACUUUUUUAUGGUCUUCCAUUUUGCUAGCUCCCUUUGAAAUAUCUUUGCUUUCACUUUUUUCAUAUGAAAUGUAUUUCAAUUUUUGUCUUGUCAGAAAAACCAUUAUGUGCCUUAUACUUUUGCUGCUGUAAUACAUUUAUUUUCAAUUAACCUUUUAAACUUUUGGCAUUUAUUUUUUAUGACAAUAUUUGUAUUUGAGAAAUACAUCGUCCACAAAGAAAAUUAAUUUCCAUCAAGAAA